AUAUAAAUUGAUAGAUAUAUGAUUACUAUCAUACUAUAUUAUAUACAUGAGCUGCAAAUAUAAAAUAAAUAUAGUAUGAUCCAGCAUUUAUUUAAAGCAAAAAAACAGCUGUUGUGUCUGGAGUUUGCCUUCACAAUUAGGAGCCAAAUAUCUUGUAAUUUGAUAUUCUCCUCCUUUCCCACCCACCUUCCAAAAUAACCCCAUCUCACUAUAUAUUAUACACAAAUUAUAGUAAUUCAUAAACAAGAAACUCCCUCUCCCUUUCCUCUCUCUCUCUCUUUCUCAUCAUAAUUCAUAUAUAUAUAUCAUAUAUAUAUGAUAUCCAUAUCCCUCCCAAGCUUGCAAAUUCCCAUUUAAAUCAAGAACAAGAAACCCAUUUUCAAAGAUAUUAUCAUGGCUUUAAUAUCACCAACCAAAUUGAGAUAUGAUCUCUACUCAUAUUCCUACCACCAAGACUCCAAAACCCCAUUGGUCAUCUCAGUUCUGGCGUCUCUCAUCGAGAGAACCCUAGCGAGGAACGCUAGGAUCGCCAAGAACUGCAGAUGGCCGCAGCUGCCGUCGAAAACCCGGGUUUUCGACGGCAGCGAGACGCCCGACAUGACGGUGCAGUCGUACCUGGAGAGGAUCUUCCGGUACACCCGGGCCGGGCCGUCGGUGUACGUCGUCGCCUACGUCUACAUCGACCGGUUCUGCCAGCUCCACCCGGAGUUCCGGGUGGGCCCCAGCAAUGUGCAUCGAUUGCUCAUCACCACAAUCAUGCUCGCAUCCAAAUACGUCGAGGAUAUGAAUUACAGAAAUUCGUACUUCGCUCGAGUUGGGGGACUGACGGCGGAGGAGAUGAACAGAUUGGAGGUUGAAUUCCUGUUUCUGGUGAAGUUCAAAUUGCACGUGAAUGUGAGUGUUUACGAGAGUUACUGCAGCCAUUUAGAGAGAGAAGUGAGCAUCGGCGGAGGAUAUCAGAUUGAGAGAACAUUGAGGUGUGCUGUGGAGAUCAAAUCAAACCAGAGAGAGGAAACGAGAUACAAUGAUCAUCGUCUUCUGCUCUAAUUUAGUGUUUUUUUUAUAUUUAUAUAUAAAAAAAAACCGCACCUUAUUUUCUCAUCGAAAUUGGGUAUAUAGAGAUGCUAAAUUGUACAGAGUUUUGUAUAAUGUAAAAUCAUUUUUUUUGUUUUU